UUCAUGAGGGACCAGACUGCAAAGUUGGGAUGCUGGGCUUUCGGGUAGCAGCAAUAGUUCAGUGAUUUGGAUCAAUUGUUAUUCUUAAAUAAGUUAUGGAGGCAGAGCCGUGCAGCGGUAGGAGCUCAGUAGUGAACAAGAAGAGAAAAAGGAAGAGGGCAAAGAGUAAUAGAAAUGUUUCGGAUCUUGGGAUGGAUAAAGAGAGUUACUUUCCAGAGAAUAAUUCGUCGGUGAACGUGAUUAUAUCCUUACCUUCCCCACCUGAUUCCAGCUCAGCCCUGGAGAAUUCGGAAGCUCAGCCAUGCAAUGGAUUAAAUCCUUUACCUGCAAAGAGAAAGAAGAAGAAAAGGAAGCAGAAAAGAAAGAUCCAGGAAACAAGCACUACUCAAGGUGAUACUGGUGCAGAAGUCCCAUAUAAUUUCCUGCAAGUUAAUGAUCCGGAAGUUAACAAUGAUAUAACACGCUCCUCUGGCGUUUCCCGUCAAAGUUUGGAGCAUGAGAAGGUCCGACCAACCGGUGAAACAAACUGCCAUACCGUAAAGCAAAAGAGAAGGAAGGAGAAGAAAAAGUUGUGGAAGAGAAAGAAAAAGGAGGCAAAAUCCAAGGAGAAUGUAUCUGGGAAGAGUGAUACGCUUGCUGAAAUCCCAAAUAAUGUUUCGCAAGUUGCUGAAUUGGAUGAAAAUAUUCUGAAGGAAUUUUCCUCUACCUGUGGUAAGCAAACUGACAUUGAGAAGAAUAUGUGUUUAUCAGAAAAAGAAGAAGUUCAUGGAGAAGCUCAUACUAAAGAGACUUCCUCACAUUCUGACGAAGCUCGUGUCUCUCAUCUUUCAGAUGCUAAACCAGAACAAGUAGAAGAAAGAAUACAAGCUACAUCAACGACCAAGGCUCCCAUGGGAAUCUUCGAUUUUUUUCUCAGCCUUUCAACUAGUUGACUGAGUAGUAUCGACAUGGCGGACGAGGAAGUUGCGGACUAAUGAACUCGCCAUAGUAAAGUGUCGAAUACAUCCAUCUUAUGCACUUACCUUAUCCAGGAAGGA